CGCGCCGGGACCGCCGCCACCCGCCGCCCUCUCGGCGCCGCCACCCAGGCGCGCCCGCGCGCGUCCCCGCCGCUGCCCCGCCUGGAAGCGCAGCUGAAGAUGGCGAGCUCGGCGCCCUCGGAGCACGCCGAGGAAGGAUGCGCGGCUCCCGCCGCCCGGGAACAGGCGCCGCCGCCGCCGCCCGCGGCUUCCCCGGAUAAGGAGGAGGACCAGGAAGCUCAGGGAGAGGAGGCGGCGGCUACGGCAGGCCCGGGGCCGCAGGUGGAGGAGGCCGCGGGCCGGGUGGCUGCCGCGGUGACCUGGCUACUCGGGGAGCCGGGGCUGUGGCUGGGCUGCCGCGCUGACGAGCUCCUGAGCUGGAAGAGGCCGCUGCGCAGCUUGUUUGGCUUCAUCGGUGCCAACCUGGUGUUCUGGUUUCUUGCAUUGACUCCAUGGAGAGUGUAUCACCUGAUUUCCAUCAUGAUGCUUGGGCGUGUUAUUAUGCAAAUAAUAAAGGAUAUGGUUUUGUCUAGAACAAGAGGUGCACAGUUGUGGAGGAGUCUCAGUGAAAGAUUUUGUCUGAUUAUACAAGGAAGACACAGCUGGGAAGUUAUCAAUUCCAAACCAGAUGAAAGACCCAGACUCAGCCACUGCACUGCAGAAUCCUGGAUGAAUUUCAGCAUAUUUCUACAAGAAAUGUCUGUUUUUAAACAGCAGAGCCCUGGCAAGUUUUGUCUCCUGGUCUGCAGUGUAUGCACAUUUUUUACAAUCCUGGGGAGUUACAUUCCUGGGGUUAUACUCAGCUAUCUACUAUUACUGUGCGCAUUUUUGUGUCCACUGUUUAAAUGUAAUGAUAUUGGACAAAAAAUAUACAGCAAAAUCAAGUCAGUUCUGCUGAAACUAGAUUUUGGAAUUGGAGAAUAUAUAAAUCAGAAGAAACGUGAGCGAUCUGAAGCAGAUAAAGAAAAAAGUCACAAAGAUGACAGUGAAUUAGACUUUUCAGCUCUUUGUCCUAAGAUUAGCCUCACUGCUGCCGCCAAAGAGUUAUCUGUGUCUGACACAGACAUCUCAGAGGUAACCUGGACUGAUAAUGGGACCUUCAACCUUUCAGAAGGAUACACUCCACAGACAGACACUUCCGAUGAUCUUGACCGACCUAGUGAGGAAGUUUUCUCUCGAGAUCUUUCAGAUUUUCCAUCUCUAGAAAAUGGCACGGGUACAAAUGAUGAAGAUGAAUUAAGCCUUGGCUUGCCCACUGAGCUAAGGGGAAAAAAGGAACAGCUGGACAGUGGUCACAAACCAAGUAAAGAGAAGCAAUCAGCAGCUGGUCUCACCCUUCCUCUGAACAGUGACCAAACCUUUCACUUGAUGAGCAACCUGGCUGGGAACGUCAUCACAGCUGCAAUGACCACUGCUAUCAAAGACCAGUUAGGGGGUGUGCAGCGAGCACUUUCUCAGGCUGCACCCAGCCCAGGAGAGGACACAGACACCGAAGAAGGUGAUGACUUUGAACUACUUGACCAGUCAGAGCUGGAUCAAAUUGAGAGUGAAUUGGGACUUACACAAGACCAGGAGGCAGAAGCACAGCAAAACAAGAAAUCUUCCGGCUUCCUUUCAAAUCUACUUGGAGGCCAUUAAUCUAGGAAUCAGCGGCUGGAAACAGAACACCAAAAAACCACCAAAAAAAUUUCAAACAAGGAAAAAACAAAACAAAAACAAAAACAAAAAAAUGGAAAAAAAAUGAACUAUAAGCUUUAAUUAUUAUUUUAGAUUUUUUUUGUUUUACUUUCCCUCCUGCAAUGGAUUGGAUAUAUAUUAGAUGACACUUAUAGAUUGAUAUUUCUGAUAGUUAUUUUUAUGUAACAGGCAUGGAAAUGAACUUUAUAUACACACACACACACACAUACAGUGUUGUCAGAGAUAAAUAGUAGGGAUUUUUUAUAAAGAAAAAAGAAAAAAACCCAAACCACCAAAUUAUUAAAAAUUUCCCAUAACUAUUCUUUAUUUUUUCUUUACAGUUAAUUUUUCAAGCAUGUAGAAACAGUUUAUUACAAUUCAUUGAAAAAUACUAACAUUUGAAACCCAUGUUGUAUUGGCUCCCUUAUUCCUAAUACCUGGAAAAGUUUUUUUAUUUUCUUUUUAACUGGUAGAUUUUGAUGUAAAAAGACAAAUUUAUCAAGGUACCUUUAGUUGAAGGACUUGGGAAAUACUAUCAAAAUUAAUUUCCAAGGAAAAAAGUUUUUAAACUAUGAGCAAGCUGAAACAUUUCCAUGUUUUUUUCAGCAGUUGUAGACUUAGGCUUACUCGUAAAGUGGCAUGCUUCCUUGAUGGCCAUUUCUAGUCUUACAAUGGGUGGUAUUAACCUAGAGAAAACAAGUAGUUAUGUAUCACACAGACAAUGGCUACGACGUAAACAGACUCAGCUGUUCCGCUGCUCAUGUGUCAUGUUUGUGACUGCAGACGUAUCCUACCUGCUCAGACUUAAGUUAAACCUUUUAUCUUUCAGAUUGUGUCAUGGAAAAAGUCUCCUACUAGUUCUUGCUGUUCUGAGUGACUUGGGCAUCAACAAUAAAAAAUAAGAACUCUGUUUUCUUAGUCUGUAUAGAUAGAGGAACUUGCUUAGCUUUAAAGUAUAUUGAUUUGCCACUGAAGUCUAAAUAUGUAAUCUGUUUAUUCUUUGGAAGAUAGCAUAUAUUCUUCUUCAUUUUAAACGUUUUUAGAUCACUUAAAGAACCAAAUUUGAUUUAUGGUUCUUAACAAAGGACUAAAGCAGAAAUCAAGCUAGUUUUGUUUUUGUGAUAUAAACUUUUAAGUGUUGAGGGACCAUGUCAGCAACUACCAAAAAUCUCUUAAAUCUUCAGGUAUAGCUGGCAUUUCUGCAGGUGCACACAGACAUCUGAGACCCUCAGAAAGGAAGGAUAACCUAAGAAUAUAGGAAAUCUGUGUUCUCCUCCUUUCAUUCUAUCCCUUUUCUGGUAUUUCUAACUAAUUGUAGGUAAUCUGACAUUGUAACAUAGCAUCUUAUUUAUUUUUUCUUUCUGAGGUAUUACAAUAUCUAGACUGAAUUUUGCCAAAUGUUAAAGGGAGACAAGUGACUGAAGUCUUUGAACCCUUUUUUGUGUGACUGACUAUGCUUUUGUGUUAUUAGUGCCUCAUGACUGUGUUUAAUGACCUUUAUUGAUGAAGUGAGCCUGUGUCUUCAUUAAUGUGCCCAUUUAAAUACAAAUGGAAACCUGGUGUUAGAAAAUCUCCGAACUAUGUGGGUUUUGGAGGAAUACCCCUGAAUUCUAUUCAAUAAGAGUUUCUGGACAUAAAGAAAAAUACAGUCACAUGUUUAUAAGUCAUUACCAGGAUUCUUUUAUUUAUAUGCAUGUUUCUUCAUUAAAAAAAAAAUCUCCUUUGUCAUAAAGUCAGAAAGUAGGAGUCAUUUCAGUUUUUCACUGAGGAGAAAACAGGAAGUUAAAUGAUCCAAGCAAUUACAGAAUGUGUUAUAAUUCACUAGGCAAGUUUACCAGAAAAUAAACUCAGGGAUGAUAAUGUGUGAUGGUAUGAACAAUAAAUCUAGAAUAAAAUGUUAUAAACUAAAAAUCAAAAAAGGCUGGGGAAUGAAGGUGGGUUGGUAGGGUAGACAACUGUGUAAUCAGCACAAUGGAAGAGACACGCCAGCUCUCUGGACAGUAGCAUUGUAACUACACAUGUACUUUAAUAGCAUUAUUUGUAUAAGAAUGUAUGAUUACAGAUUUAUAUAAUACAAUAAUGGUGCCCUUCCAAAAACUUUUACUUCAAACGAACAUGGGAAUGUUAAGGAAGGGGGGGGAGUGUGUGUUUGUUGGUAGGGCAGGCACUGUCUCUGGUUUUAAGAUGUAGUAGCAAACCUGUGAUUGAUCAAGUACAUUAGGGGACCCAAUAUCCUUUUUACCGUUAAGAAUUUACAUCAAUCAUAAUAUUCCCCCAAUACUGAUAAAGAAUGGCUUGUAAGAUAUAACUGGAAUGUAGUCAUUAAAAUAUAAACCAUGAUUUUUCUUUUUAAAUUAAGAGCUGUAGAAAGGUUUUACAUAGUUCCUGCUAAGGAAAUCAUAUAAUGGGAAUAACAUUCACUGAUCAUGCAUUUGGGUCCAAAACAAUAAAGCAGGGUUCAGAAGCUGCAGUUUGCUUUGAAAAGUCAAUUUAGGCUUGGAUACUCUCAUUCUGAAAGACCUUUGCUUUUUUCUCACCCUAAAAAUUACAAAAUCGAUUUCUUAAAAACUGCCUCCUCUCCACCUUAAUGGACUACUGAGAAAACAAAUUUUUAUAAGGUUUUGUAAUUGGCAAAAAAUAUUCAACAUAUUUAGGUAUCUCACUCUUAUGUUUGAAAUAAGUGCAACUUUCUUCCUUUUAAAAAGAUGGAAAUGCCAGCAUGCCAUUGAUUUUAGGCAAGAAGCAAAUCUACAUUUGUUUUAAGAAAAAGAAGUGACUUUUAACAUUUCUAUGACCUGUUUAUAAUUUAGAUCGGUGUAUUUUACACUCUUAAAGCUGUGUUAGUUACAAGACAGGAAAUUAUUCUGAAAACCUUUGCUGAAUUACUGUUAUCACAUGUGGCAUGUAUCAUGAUUAACUUAGAAAGGUUUAGAACCACAUUUUUAUGUGUUAUUCCUCCAUUUCUACCACAGCAUUUAUGUUAGGAAAGAAUGCUGGAAAUUUGAGUUCUGGUUCUGAUGUUAAUGUUAUGGCCCUAAGAUACAACAUCAAAGUCAUAUAAUAUCCCCAACCCACAGCCUCAAUUUCCCCCCAAGAUUAUUUAUCUAUAAGGUUAAUUCUCAUCCUUUCCACGAGAAUGUUUUGAGAUUGAAUGAUAAAAAGUAUCUGAAGCACUUUCAGGGGAGUAAAAAAAGUCUUACAUAAAACCAAGAUACUGAUUUUUUUUUUUCUGCCAGUGUUUCAACUAAGCCAUCCUUUUAAACAUGAAAGGAAAUCAUCAAGUAAUUGCUUACAAUAAAACUCUGUAAGGUUAUUUUAAUGGGCUUAGCACUGUAUCAGCCGCAUUGUCCAAUAAAUGCCUGUGGAAUAAAUGGA